GCAGGGCUGGGGGGCCAGGAAGUGCAGGUCACCUGAGCCCCAGGCAGGCAGGAGGCGCCCAGGGGCGCUGGGCCCUGCAGCAGCAUGUGUCUGCGAUUCCAGGAUGAUGAACCUGCCCAAGUCUACCCCUACCCUGAAAGAUCAAGACAUCCUCACCCUUCAGACAUCCCUAAAAGACAGUCUACAGAUGAGCGCAUUGUUUACAUGCGUAACCUGAGGAAAGAGAAGAGGAAAUUAAAUAAGCGGUUUAUGAGACCAGAGCCUAUCCCAGAGCCAGGGCUCCUGUGGCCAUCUUGAUUAAGCUGUUGUCUGUAUGGAAGAAACCAUGUUUGAAGCCAAAAUACAUGGAUUUUUAACAUCGGGUGGCAUAUCAUGGUUUGAUUUCAUUGAAAAAUAAAGAGACUAAUCUGCCAUUUCAGCAAAAUAAACACAGGGCAAGCAUUUAACAACAAAGCUAAUUGCUCUCAGA